AUGCUCGAUGUCCUCUUCUUUCCCGGCAUCUCCCUCACCCUGGCCCACAUCGGCGGCGUCGCUCGCGAUCCUUACUCGGGGCUGAUCUCCAUCCUCUCCAACUCUGGCAACCCCUGGGCAACCGGUGGAGCCGAUGUAACCGGCGAACGCCAACUCAUGAAAUAUGACCCCAAGAAGAAAAAGGUUCUCUGGGCGAGGAACAUGACGGACAUUUCCCGCGAUCGAUACGGCGGGUUUCAGGAUGUGGAACAUGAUAAACGGGGGAAUACCUACAUUGUCGGGACUCACCCUGGGGUUAUUAUUCGCGUGGACAAGAAUGGAAGAAAGCUUACAGAGUGGUAUUUGCAUCGGCCUUUGUCGCCGACGACGAGGAAGGGGUAUAGCGGAUUGGCUGUGGUGAAGGGGACUGAUAUUAUGCUGGCGAGCGAUGGUGAUGGAAAGUUGUACCGGUUUGAUUUGAGGGAGGAGAGGGGGAGGCCGGUGAAUGUGCCGCUGUUGGGGGAGGGCCUGCACCUGAACUUGGAUGCGAUUUACCUGCCGCCAAAGUAUGGGGGGAGUGUGCUGUUGGUGGCGGAUUUGUUUGAGGGGAUUCAGGUGCUAAGAAGUAAAGAUAGGACGUGGAGGAAGGCGGAGAACUUGGGGACGAUUUCGAAGCCUCCGACGUUGAAUGGCCUGGUGAUUGAUGGGGCGGUUGUGGCUCCGGUGCAGAUGGGCAGCAAUUCUCUGUACAUGGUCAUUGGGAACAUUGAUCCUUUCAUUCCGGGCAUGGUUGCAGGUAAUCGGACCCUGUUCCCUUUUCCCGACAUCACGAAUGCGGUGGAGGGGUUGCUGAGGAGGGGCUGA